AUGGCGGAAGACAAGGACAGCGCAGGUAUGAAAUGGGCUUCAAAAUCAAUUUAAAUAGUUAUUUUAUCGCUCUAACUUGUAGAUAAAACUAAUUUGAGAUCAAUUUGAAAGGUGGCACUAGUUUCAGCUAACGACAGGCUUUUGAUUUGUCUGUUGUAUUUGCUGUUGUAGAGGCCAUAGUAGCUGAGGUCCACAAGAAGAUCAGCGGUGCUUUUGAUGUGUUUGACCACGAGUUCAACAAGACAGUGGAUGUCAGGUGAGCAGAAGUGCACUUUCUUGCAGUAACACCAUUUCUACCAGAGAUGCGCCUCGGAUAGACACAUAGCUAAUAUAAUACAGUGCGCGGCACGGUACCAUUGUUGGCCUCUUAAAUUUUCUGAGAUUGGACUAGCUUGGUUAGUUUACAGUGGUGAGUUCCAGAGUGAUUUUCCCGAUUCACCUUGGUUAUUCCUGACAUAAGGUAUCACAGAUAUAGCCAGGCCCACUUAGACAGGCUUACAACAGAUAUGAUACUAAAUAGGCAUACCACACUGAUUUAGGUUUAUACAGUGUUGUAUUCUAUGGUGGUGGUGUUCUCAUUCUGGUGCUGUGCUUCUGUCAAAGGGAGAUAGGCACUAUCAUCCGCUCCCUGGGCUGCUUCCCUAACGAAGGGGAGCUACAUGACGUCAUAGCAGAGGUAAGGGCAUCCUUUUGAUCAGAGACAUAAUAACAUAAUAAUAAUAUACAGUAUGUCAUUUAGCAGAUGCUUUUAUCCAAAGUGGUUUAUAGUCAACCGUGCAUACGUACAUUAACAUACAGAGGACCACAAAGGGACAUAUUUAACUAACCUAUGGCUGGUUUUACUCUGUUUUCUUGAAGAACAAAUGCAAAGGUAGAAGGGUGCUAGAAGCCUGGGACAAUCACGUAAUGUAGAAGUUUUAAAAAAGAACAAAGGACCAACACUCACAUACAGUGAAUUCCCCACGAAUUCUGCUACAAUUUCAGACCAUAAUAUUUGUGAACAAACUCUUCCCCUAGAUUGAGGAGGAGGAGCCGACGGGAUACAUCCGCUUUGAGAAGUUCCUCCCCACCAUGACCAAGGUUCUGAUGGAGCGCAAGUAAGAACAUAGGAGAGAGGCAUGCACAGAGUCUGCUACAGUGAGGGAACAAAUUAUUUGAUCCCCUGCUGAUUUUGUACGUUUGCCCACUGACAAAGAAAUGAUCAGUCUAUAAUUUUAAUGGUAGGUUUAUUUGAACAGUGAGAGACAGAAUAACAACAAAAAAAUCCAGAAAAACGCAUGUCAAAAAUGUUAUAAAUUGAUUUGCAUUUUAAUGAGGGAAAUAAGUAUUUGACCCCUCUGCAAAACAUGACUUAGUACUUGGUGGCAAAACCCUUGUUGGCAAUCACAAAGGUCAGACGUUUCUUGUAGUUGGCCACCAGGUUUGCACACAUCUCAGGAGGGAUUUUGUCCCACUCCUCUUUGCAGAUCUUCUCCAAGUCAUUAAGGUUUCGAGGCUGACGUUUGGCAACUCAAACCUUCAGCUCCCUCCACAGAUUUUCUAUGGGAUUAAGGUCUGGAGACUGGCUAGGCCACUCCAGGACCUUAAUGUGCCUCUUCUUGAGCCACUCCUUUGUUGCCUUGGCCGUGAGUUUUGGGUCAUUGUCAUGCUGGAAUACCCAUCCACGACCCAUUUUCAAUGCCCUGGCUGAGGGAAGGAGGUUCUCACCCAAGAUUUGACGGUGCAUGGCCCUGUCCAUCGUCCCUUUGAUGCGGUGAAGUUGUCCUGUCCCCUUAGCAGAAAAACACCCCCAAAGCAUAAUGUUUCCACCUCCAUGUUUGACGGUGGGGAUGGUGUUGGGGUCAUAGGCAGCAUUCCUCCUCCUCCAAACACGGCGAGUUGAGUUGAUGCCAAAGAGCUCCAUUUUGGUCUCAUCUGACCACAACACUUUCACCCAGUUCUCCUCUGAAUCAUUCAGAUGUUCAUUGGCAAACUUCAGACGGGCAUAUAUAUGUGCUUUCUUGAGCAGGGGGACCUUGCGGGCGCUGCAGGAUUUCAGUCCUUCACGGCGUAGUGUGUUACCAAUUGUUUUCUUGGUGACUAUGGUCCCAGCUGCCUUGAGAUCAUUGACAAGAUCCUCCCGUGUAGUUCUGGGCUGAUUCCUCACCGUUCUCAUGAUCAUUUCAACUCCACGAGGUGAGAUUUUCCAUGGAGCCCCAGGCCGAGGGAGAUUGACAGUUCUUUUGUGUUUCUUCCAUUUGCGAAUAAUCGCACCAACUGUUGUCACCUUCUCACCAAGCUGCUUGGCGAUGGUCUUGUAGCCCAUUCCAGCCUUGUGUAGGUCUACAAUCUUGUCCCUGACAUCCUUGGAGAGCUCUUUGGUCUUGGCCAUGGUGGAGAGUUUGGAAUCUGAUUGAUUGAUUGCUUCUGUGGACAGGUGUCUUUUAUACAGGUAACAAGCUGAGAUUAGGAGCACUCCCUUUAAGAGUGUACUCCUAAUCUCAGCUCUUUACCUGUAUAAAAGACACCUGGAAGCCAGAAAUCUUUCUGAUUGAGAGGGGGUCAAAUACUUAUUUCCCUCAUUAAAAUGCAAAUAAUUUUAUAACAUUUUUGACAUGCGUUUUUCUGGAUUUUUUUGUUGUUAUUCUGUCUCUCACUGUUCAAAUAAACCUACCAUUAAAAUUAUAGACUGAUCAUUUCUUUGUCAGUGGGCAAACGUACAAAAUCAGCAGGGGAUCAAAUACUUUUUUCCCUCACUGUAGAUGGGGCUGUAUCAGACAAUGUAAGAACACAGAGAGAGCAGGAGAGGGAGAGAGAGAGAGAGAGAGAGAGACAUACAAUCAGUUGAAACACAUUGAUCUCAGACAGACAGAGACAAAUUGGAGGAUCUACCUGUACUUGACUUGUCUGGCUGUCUGGGUAGUUUCUAGGAAUUCCUAGAACUGGAAACACUUGCCCUGCCUCUGUUCUUACAGGUAGCAAAACUUACCUUAGAUCAGUCUAUACACUCUUAGAAGAAAGGGUUCCAAAAGCGUCCUUUGCUGUCCCCAUUGGAGAACCCUUUUUGGUUCCAGGUAUAACCCUUUUUGGUUCCAGAUAGAACCCUCAGUGGAAAGGGUUCUACAUGGAACCUGAAAGAUGUCUACCUGGAACCAAAAGGGGUUCUUUAAAGGGUUCUCCUAUGGGGACAGCUGAAGAACCAUUUUAGGUUCUAGAUAGCACCUUUUUUUCUAAGAGUGAAGGGGGCAACUAAACCCUACUCCAAAUGCAGACAGAGUGUGUCCAGAAGGAGGAGGUAUAUCUAAUAUAAGAGGUAGUCGUAGCUCCCUGAUGAAACAUGCAUAAUGAUCCUAACCUGUUCCUGCCCGGUCUCAGUUGUAGAUAAAAACUCUGUUGGCAGCACCUUAUACAAACAUAAUAUGAUUGAUAUUGUUGACUUACUUGCAGUGAUGUUCUGUAUGAGAUUGUGUGUGUGUGUGUGUGUGUGUGUGUUAAAGGUGUGUGUGUUCUGUAACUUCUUAUCUCUCUCUCUCUCUGUGUGUGUGUGUGUGUGUGUGUGUGUGUGUGUGUGUGUGUGUGUGUGUGUGUGUGUGUGUGUGUGUGUGUGUGUGUGUGUGUGUGUGUGUGUGUGUGUGUGUGUGUGUGUGUGUGUGUGUGUGUGUGUGUGUGUGUGUGUGUGUGUGUGUGUGUGUGUGUGUGUGUGUGUGUGUGUGUGUGUGUGUGUACUAUGCAGGUUCCGGCCCAUCCCAGAGGACCUGCUGCUCCAGGCCUUUGAGGUGAUGGACUGUAUAGGUUAUCUUGGAUUAAUUAUCUCUAUUGCAGACUGUAUAUGUUAUCUUGGAUUAAUUCCCUCUAUUGCAGACUGUAUAGGUUAUCUUGGGUUCCCUCUAUUGUAGACGGUAUAGGUCAUCUUGGUUUAAUUCCCUCUAUUGCCGACUGUAUAGGAUCAUACCUUGGGUUCCGUCUAUGAUCUUUAUAUUUGCUAAGAGGGAAAAACAUCUAAAAUCUCUUUGCAGGUUCUAGAUAAGCAGAAAAAGGGACAUUUGGAACUGGAGGAGCUCACAAAGUACAUGACACAGGAAGGUAAGGUGAAAGCAACAUAGAGCUCCUUACAUAAAACCACAGAAUCAUUGGCCUGAAGUCACAAAUAUAUCACAUAUUGUCACUGUUUAUUAACAUUUAUGUGGGCUUUGUGUAAGGCAAGGUGAUAUUACAGUACUCACGCCCUCUAGUGGUCCAAGGUUUGGACAGGCACACACUGACUGAUAACAAUGCACUCUACAAGCAUUAUAUGAUUAUAUAUCUCCCAGAACAACAAUACAGUCUCUGGUAGACUUUAGUAUUCAUUCUGACCAAUUUCCAGUGUGUUGGUUCCCUUGGACCAAGCAGGUGUACUUAGGACUUAUUAGUAUGUAAUAGAUGCUCAGCUGGAGUGACAUUCAGCAUAUAAUGAGUCCUCAGAAUCAACCUUGAGAAACCCUGCUAGGGGGUGGCACUAGCCUCAAGGUUAUAAAGGCAGGCUGGCAACUGCCAUCAAUACCUCAGGAGCCACCUACUGCCGUUGUGCCCUUGAGCAAGGUACACCCUAAACUGCUCCAGGGGUGCUGCUCUGUGGUUGACCCUGUGCUGUGCCCAGUGUGGUGUGUGUGUGUAUGGUGUGUUUGGUGCUGUGUUAGCAAAUGUUUUGGUUGUCUCUGUAUAAUGUAUCGAUAAAGAUCUAUUGUACGUACGUGUCCCUCUUUGCAGGAGAGCCCUUCACCCAGGAAGAGAUGGAGGAGAUGCUGUCAGCUGCUCUUGACCCUGACAAGAAUGUAAUCUUCUACAAAGACUUUGUUAGCAUGAUGACCGUGGAUGACCCCAGAUAGACUCUCAAUCACACACACACGCACACACAUUGCUGCUGGGAAUAAUGACAAAUGUAACCGUUGUCUUGGGUAAUUAUUAUAUUGUUAUAGAUUCAUAAUUUGAUACAGAAUAUAAUGUGGUAUUGUAAAUAUUUGCUGUGUCAUUAAAAAAAAAUCCCAGAUCUGGG